GGGGUCUUUUUGUCACUUGGGACCGGCAUUCGUUUGAUCUCAUUUCAUUCCAUUCUUCUCCCGAGCAAUUUCCAUUCUGUCAUUUAUCAGGUCUCCCGCACACCUUUCCCCAACUCUCAAAGGUCCCUUCAAUUGGGCCAAUCUACGCUCAAAAUGUCUCUUGUCAAUCUCGCCCACGUCUGCUCCCACCUAAAUAACGCCACCAAGGCCCGAUUGGGUCUCACAUCUAUCCCGAACACACAGCUACACCUGAAGUUAUGUCUUGCACUUCAGAACUCUGGCUACAUCUCCUCCGUCGUCCGUGGAGGCCUAACUCCUCCCCCCCAACAUAACCUCCUGGGCGUUCCCACGGCAAACGAUGAAAUCGAAGGCGUAAAAUCGUUGACCCAAAGCAAUGUCGCCUCAAGGCGUCUUUGGCUCGGAUUGAAGUAUUGGCAGAGCGACCCGGUCCUGGGAAACAUGAGCAUGGUUAGCAAGCCCAAGAGAAGGAUCACAAUAGAUGUCACAGGCCUCCGACAGGUAAUUCGCGGAGAAAAGAGUGGAUAUGUGGAAGGCUUGCGGUCUCCCGGUGAAAGUUUAUACUUAUCGACGGAUCGGGGUAUCAUGGAGGCGCGAGAAUGUGUUGAGAAGCAAGUGGGAGGCUUGGUUCUCUGUAGGGUGCUCUAAAUUGUCGGGGUGGAUAUGGAAAGGCAAAACAAGAUAGAGCGUUUCUUUGAUGUGUUGGAUGCCGUGGGUUUUGCAUUUGAACCGGAGUUUGGUCAGUCGCAAUGCCUCCGCCCGUGAUUUGUAUCUUCUUUUUAUGUUUGCGACAGCUGGGAUGGAUACCUUGUACAGUAACAUAGGAUCGACUUCAUGUAUUACUUAGUUUCCCUUCAUUUUGCGCUUUCGCUCCGUUGCCCGGCCGGGUUCUCAAUCAUUUAUUCUCUUACAGCAAUCUGUGGCUUGGAACUGGAUGAAGACCGACUAGAUCAAACGGGAAAAGGGCAAGUCAUGCAAUAACAAAGAACCUCGAUCAGUAGGUAUGCGGUGGAAAUUCCUGGUGUUUUGAUACAUACCAACAGAGGAAAGAUUACCCCG